AAGUAACUCGGGAAUAGCGGUCGAGAAAUGUGCAAGUUACGACUUGAUUUCUCUAUUUUGAAUGAGAGCGUCGACCUUUCCAACAUGGCCGCCACGUACGCAUGUUAGUGCUUUCCCGCGAGUCAUGUUCCCACAAUCCAUUGCAAAUGCAGCUCUACGUUCAAGUCGACGAAAUAAUAUUUUCUACAUGAUGCUUUUUUGAGAAGCCCCUUCUUUGUCUUGCUGAAUCUUCCCGUGACCCACGACCAGAGCCAAGAUGGCAGCCGUAGUCGCCAAGCGAGAAGGGCCGCAGUUCAUCAGCGAAGUGGCCAUGAGGGGGAACGCGGCUGUGCUGGACUACUGCCGCACCUCCGUGUCAGCGCUGUCCGGAGCCACCGCCGGUAUCUUGGGCUUGACUGGACUGUAUGGCUUCAUUUUUUACUUUUUGUCCUCGUUCCUCCUGUCUUUAUUGCUGAUUCUCAAGGCCGGACGACGAUGGAAAAAGUGCUUUAAAUCCAGACGGCUGCUCUUCACCGGGGGCCUGGUUGGAGGUCUUUUUACCUACGUCCUCUUCUGGACUUUCCUCUAUGGAAUGGUGCACGUGUACUAAAAUUACCCGAGUUUUUCCUUCACCCAAUUACAUUUUGUUUGAACUGUAGAUGAGCCAAAAUAGAGCUUAAUGUUAUUCAUUAUGACCUGCUGAGACAAUAUACUUUUCCAGCCCCUUCUUCACACACUCAACAAUGCCUUUUAUUAACUCCAGACCUCUCCUCAUGUAUGAUCCUGCCCGAAAUUCUUAUUUGGAUUUGUAGUGUAAUGGGCUCACGCACAUGACAUCCUAAGUAAGGUGUAAACACUUUGUAUUACACCUUUCUGUACAGUAAAGAUGUUAUAUGAAGAAAUGUGAUUAUCGCACUAAUUGGAAUAAAUUCUUCUAUACUUA